CUGACAGGACAGGUCACACACUUGUUCUAGGUCGUCUCACACAAGCACGGACGAGCUGAAAAACAGCAACUGUGAUCCAUGUGUCACAGGCAGUACCACUCACUUGGUUCCUGAUAUUUUUCUUCUGCCUUUAGUUUGUGAACCAGACAGGAAGUGAUGAAAGUAUUUAUUGCUGUGGCGCUUUGGAACGGAAGAUUUUCCUCGUCUCAUCAAUGCUCGGGAAACCACACCCUCAGACCUCCUUCCUCCGGGCUUGUGUGAGCUCUGCAGAUGUUGAGACUUGAGAUGCAAGAGUGCCGGGCCUUCAUCGUCUUCUUCUCACUUCAAACAUGGAAGCAGACACCAGACAAACCUUCUGAUGUCCACCCAUCCUCCUUUCCUCCUCGCCGUCUUCACUUCUCUCCUGUCAACCAUUUUGCUCCAUCCAAACUUUGUUCUGUUUCGUCUUCCCCCGCUUCAUCCCACCUCUUCCCUCUGCUUCGUCCAUCCCUCCUGAGGUUCCUCCUGCUCCUCCUGGCCUCCCUGUUUUUACUGCCCCGCUCAGCACAAGCGGCCUGGUUUCAGGUCGGGGUGGUGGGGCCGUGGGGGUGUGACCCUCUCUUUGCCAAAGCCCUCCCCAGUGUCGCUGCACAGCUUGCCGUCAAUCGCAUCAACAAGGACCGCUCGCUGUCCUACGCUGCAACCUUUGACUACACUGUGCUGCAGGAGCCAUGUGAGACCUCAAGGGCGCUUGAGAAGUUCAUCGGUUUCCACACAAAGGCCUCAGGGUACAUCGGACCAUCCAACCCCAGCUACUGUGACGCUGCUUCAAUGUUGAGCAAAGGCUGGAACAAAGCUUUGUUUUCUUGGGGUUGCGUUGGCGUCGAGCUGGACGAUGUUCGGAGCCACCCGACCUUUGCCCGCUCCAUGCCGAGGCCCACUUGGGUGCUGCUCAGCGUCCUAAACUACUUCAGGUGGGCCCACGUUGGCAUCAUCUCUUCCUCAGAGGACAUCUGGGUGGAGACGGCCACUAAGGUAGCUGAUUCGUUGAGGAGCCACGGUCUGCCAGUCAGACUGGUCAGCAUCAUGGAGAACACGCCUCACGGCAUCAGACGAACUCUGACCAAGCUCCGCAAGAUGGCGGAAAUACGUGUUGUGAUCCUCUGCAUGCACUCCGUCCUGAUUGGCGGUGGAGCCCAGAAGCAGCUCUUGGAGACGGCGUACGACAUGCAACUGACUGACGGCUCCCUGGUCUUUGUGCCCUACGACACCCUGCUCUACAGCCUGCCCCACCGCAACGUGACCUAUCCGGCUCUGAAGAAGAACAGCAAGCUGCUGCGGGCCUACGACGCUGUGUUAACCGUGACCAUCAACUCCCCCCAGGUGUCCUUCUACGAGGCCUACAGCGAUGCCGUGGAGAGGGGAGAGCUGGCCGGGACGCUGAAGCCUCAGCAGGUGUCUCCACUCUUCGGCACCAUCUACAGCUCCGUCCUCUUCAUGGCUCACGCGGUGCAUCGCGUUCGGCAGGCUGGGGAGUGGAUGUCUGGGGGAAACCUGGCAAGACACACCCACAACCUGGACUUCCAGGGCUUCAGCCACCCAAUCAAAACCAACGGCUCUGGAUCAGCUCUGCUGGAAUACGUCAUCCUGGACACGGACGGACUCUCCUGGGAACUGAAGCCAACAUACAAGAUCGACAUGGAAGCCGGUAUGGUGCGUUUCCUUGGUCGAGAAAUCCACUUCCCUCGUGGCUAUAGACCCAGGAAGGACGCCUCCUGCUGGUUUACUCCUGGGGUCAUCUGCUCUGGGGGUGUGGAUCUGUUCUCAACCAUUAGCAUGUUCCUCGAAGCGAUGGCCGCCUCUGUUGUCGGCGUGGCAGCUGCUUACUGCAUCAGGCGACGCAUCAAUCAGAUCCGACAGGUGAAGGGUCCAAACAGGAUCCUGCUGACUCUGGCUGACGUCACAUUCAUCAACCCGUCGCUUAGCAACAAGAAGCUGAGUAUGGAUGGCAGCAGGACGAGGAGCGUCUCGGACACGUCGCAGGGCUCGUCCCAGUCCCCGGCCACCUACGAGAACUCCAACGUCGUCAUUUUCGAGGGGGACUGGGCCUGGUUGAAGAGACUUCCUAACGGGACGUUCAGCCGCAUCUACCCCAAAACCAGCCAGGUGUUUGAACUGAUGAAGGACAUGCGUCACGAGAACGUCAACCCCUUCCUGGGCUUCUUUCACGACUGCGGCGUGUUUGCCAUCGUGACCGAGUUCUGCUCCAGGGGAAGUCUGGAGGACCUGGUGCUCAACGACGACGUCAAACUGGACUGGAUGUUCAAGUCCUCGCUGCUGCUGGAUUUGAUCAAGGGAAUGAAGUACCUCCACCACCACGGCGUGUCCCACACUCGACUCAAGUCCCGUAACUGCGUGGUGGACGGACGUUUUGUCCUGAAGGUCACAGACUACGGCUACAACAAGGUCCUGGAGGCUCAGAGGUUCCCCUACGUGGAGACGCCUGCCGAGGACUUGCUGUGGACGGCUCCGGAGAACCUGAGGAGCGGUCAGCCGGAGCUUCACGGGACUCUGUCUGGAGACGUGUACAGCUUCGCCAUCAUCAUGCAGGAGGUGGUGAUCCGAGGGCCCCCCUUCUGCAUGAUGGACCUGUCCGCCACAGAUAUAGUAGAGAAGAUUCGUAAGCCGCCUCCUCUGUUCCGGCCCCUGGUCAGUCCGGACUUCGCUCCGUUGGAGUGCAUCCAGCUGAUGAAACAGUGCUGGAACGAACAGCCAGAGAAGAGACCGAACUUUGAGGAGAUCUUUGACCGGUUUAAGAACAUCAACAAGGGGAAGAAGACCAACAUCAUCGACUCCAUGCUGCGGAUGCUGGAGCAGUACUCGUCUAACCUGGAGGAGCUGAUCCGGGAGCGAACGGAGGAGCUGGAGAUCGAGAAACAGAAGACGGAGAAGCUGCUGACUCAGAUGCUUCCUCCGUCUGUGGCCGAGGCUCUGAAAGUGGGCGGCGCGGUGGAACCGGAGCACUUUGACAGCGUGACGCUCUAUUUCAGCGACAUCGUCGGCUUCACCACCAUCUCGGCCAACAGCGAACCCAUCGAGGUGGUGGACCUGCUCAACGACCUGUACACAGUCUUUGACGCCAUCAUCGGAAACCACGAUGUCUACAAGGUGGAGACUAUCGGUGAUGCUUACAUGGUGGCGUCUGGUCUUCCUGUCGCCAACGACAACCGCCACGCUGCAGAGAUAGCCAACAUGGCCCUCGACAUCCUGAGCGCCGUGGGAACCUUCAAAAUGAGACACAUGCCAGACGUUCCUGUCAGGAUCCGUAUAGGACUGCACACAGGUCCGUGUGUAGCAGGUGUGGUAGGUCUCACCAUGCCACGCUACUGUCUGUUUGGAGACACGGUGACCACCGCCUCUCGCAUGGAGUCCUCUGGGUUACCCUACAGGAUCCACGUCCACCAGAGUACUGUGAAGGUGCUGCUGGACUUAAACGCCGGCUACAAGCUGGAGUUGAGAGGCCGGAAGGAAGUCAAGGGGAAAGUGGUGGAGGAGACCUACUGGCUUGUCGGGAGAGAAGGAUUUAACAAACCACUUCCUGUUCCUCCAGAGAUCAAGAGUGGGCAAGGGGCCCACGGGCUCCAGAUGGCUGAGAUAGCCCAGUACAAGAAACAAAAAGCCGAGAGACAUCAACAGGAGCAGCUUACAAAGAGGAAAAACUGAGCUUUUGCAUCACAACAAAGGAGUCAAAAGGACCUGAGACGCGUUUCACAAGGCGGUGAAGAUCUUUAACGUCCGGGUCAUGACUCAGCAAUCCGCACCUGAAGAGGACCACUACGUCAUGGUGACCACAGACAGAAC